AUGUCAGCCGAUACACAAACAUUAAGGCCAGUCGACCUGCGCUCUAUCUUGACAUUCACCACUGUCAAUGAAAAGAAGAAUUCCGUCGAUCUGGUCACUGAAUAUGAUGUUGCUGUCGAGGAACUCGAUUACCCUAGCUUCAAGUUCAUCGGAGAGGAAUCGUACUCCGAUGAGCCGACAUUCUAUGGCACCACAAACUUUGUCCACGGCUUCCCAUUCGCGUGUGUCAUAUACAACCCCUUCCUAGAUCAUCUGUACGCAUACACCGGAAUCGAAGGUCAAGGAUCAUUCCUUACCCGUGGCAAUAGCCAACCUCUAAAAUUACCCCUCACCAACCCUAAGCCCCUCCCCUCCUUGCAGAAGGCUCUAUUGGCCAUCGAAUGGGGCUCCGACCGUGGUAAAAAGACCCUGGUACCAAAAUCCGACUCAUUCUUGCGUCUCGCGGGCGAUCCUGCAGAUGGCAUUGCAGGGGGACGGAUGGCUCAUUCCAUACGGUCCCUAGGCAGUGCAGCGCUUAAUAUCUCGAUGGUCGCUCAAGGUGGCCUAGACUUAUACUGGCCAUGGGACUGUUUGCGUGCAGUAGUUGGGUCCCACACAGCUCUGGCUGCCGCAACAUCUGCUGGCUCUAGUAUUGAUCCUUUCAAGGUCACGCCAGACGUCCUGACAGGUCGCAAGUAUUUGAUCAUCCGUGCUAUCCCGAACACCCCCAACGAAACGGGUAGAGAGGCGCAAUUGCGGAUUGCUAAGGAUUUCUACCAGACUGUGGAAGACAGUGAACCGAAGUAG